GGUUAUUUUAUGGAUAUUCGACUUUAUAAUCAAGCUAAAACUGUUGCUGAACCAUUUGCAUUUGCUGAAUAUCGAAAGAAAAAAUUACGUGAAAAAAUUGAUCUUAAACGAGAAAAAAGUCGUGUACCAUUACCGAUUGUACCAACAGUUAAUAAAGAUCUUGCUGAAAAACUUUUACAUGAUGAAAAUGACUUAAAUAUAAAGAAAAAAAAGAAACAAAAAUCUCUUGAAAAUAAAGAAACAUCAUCUAUUCUUACAGAUACUCGAUUUCAAUCAUUAUUUACAAAUCCUGAUAUGCAGAUUGAUGUUAAUCAUGAAAAUUUUAAAAAUAUUGCUCCACUUGUUUCUCGACUUAGUAAACAAAAUUUAGUUGAAGAUGAACCAUUAUCGGUUGAAGAUGCUGCAGAAGAAGAAGAAGAGAAAGAAGAUGAUGAUGACAAUAAUGAUUUGAUUCAUGAUAUUCUUACUUCUGAAGAAGAAGAAGAAGAAGAAGAAAAAGAAAAACCUAAUCGUAAAACAAAAUUAGUACCACUUGAUGCAAUAAAUGAUAUUGAUCAAGAAACUCUUCGUUCAUUAUCAUUUCGAGAACGAACAAAAAGAACUAUGGAUUCAUCUUCUUCUCAUUCAUACAAUCGAAAUCAAGUAAUAUCAACUAAUAAAGAUAGUCGAAAACAAACAGAUGAUGAUCAUCGAAAAAAUGUUCGACGUGCACCACGUGGUCGAAUGAAUAGUCGACAUAAUGAAACAUAA